AAAACAUUGUCCUCAUGUCUACAAUUUUGUUUGCAUUCAGUAAAAACUGUGAGCGUGUAAUAAUUAACUAGAGUGCAUUCACUCUUUCACGCAAAAUGUCGAACAAAAGAAGUAGAUUCACGCCAUUUUUAAAACAGUGUUUCGUGACGUCAGCAGUGGGCAUCAACCUCAUCGGGCAUGGGGCUGUGGUGGGCUUUGCCGCAGUGCUGCUGCCGCAGCUCCACGAGCCGCACUCUGACAUACACACGACUAAAGCUGCUGACUCAUGGAUUGCAUCCGUAUUUGGCAUAACCCUGCUGAUAGGCAGCUUCCUAGCAUCUCCUAUAAUGGGCCGUUACGGACGAAAGGUGGCGCACUACACCAUCAGUGUAUCAGCGCUGGUGGGCUGGCUGACCACACUCCUGGCUGAUAGUGUCGAGAUGAUCCUAAUUGGAAGAAUCAUCGGUGGAUUAUCCUUCGGCCUGAUGCUGCCACUUCGAUCUAUCCUCAUUGGCGAGUACACCAGUCCGAAGAACAGGGGCGCCUUCCUCACCACCAUAUCCCUAACCCAAGGAUGCGGUAUAUUCUUUGUACAUCUUGUUGGAUCUCUCCUCAGCUGGAGGCGAACUGCUCUGGUCUGCCUCUUUCUCCCCUUCAUCAGUCUCGUCAUGACACUGUUCACUCCUGAGUCACCAAGCUGGCUCGUCUCCAAAGGAAGAUACAACGAGUGUAGAGAAGUAUUCCAUUGGCUUAGAGGCGAUGAAGAAGAUGCAGAAUUAGAAGCAAUGAUUGAAGCUAGGAUGAACUUCGAAAAGACCAUUAGGAAUCAAAAGAAAUUGGACAUCAUAGCGACUGUUCAGAAGCAAGAGUUUUACAAGCCCAUCAUUCUGAUGGUUCACGUUUACGCUAUGGGACAAUUAUCUGGUGGAGCCAUCAUAGCUGCUUACGCCACUACCAUCAUCGAGCUGGUCAUGAAUCCUGGUGUCAAUUCUGGUGCUUGGAUGAUAGGUCUAGAUAGCCAAAGGAUUAUUGUAAAUACAUUGGCUAUUUUUGUAAUAAAUUGGUUUAAGAGAAGAACUAUGAUGUUUUCGUCAGGGGUACUAUGCGUGGCCAGUCAUGUGGCCAUAGUCGCUUACGUAUACUUGAAAGACCAAGGGGUUUUGAGCGCAGAAGCUAAUUGGAUUCCAGGUAUACUGCUUAACAUUCAGUUCUUCUCAGUUUCCAUAGGCAUGGUGCCUCUGCCUAGCGUGAUAGCUGGGGAGGUGUUUCCUCUAGAGUACAGGAGUUUAGCAGGCAGCAUCAGCCAGGCGUCAGUAGCUGGCACCAUGUUUUUAGUUCUGAAAACCUUCCCGGGUCUUGUAGAUAAUGUUGGAAUAACUGGCACCUACUUAGUGUAUGCUGGUUUACUGACAUACUGCCUCUUUGUGAUCAUGUUUUUGAUGCCAGAAACGAAAGGCAAGACGCUGCAGGAGAUUGAAGAUGGAUAUAGAGGAGUAGUUGUGACCGAGGAAGAACGACAAUCAUUAAACAGUAUUGGGGAUAAUGGAAAGAUCGUGUCUUCGGAAACCAAAUCCUGAUUUAUUUUAAGAAAUGUACUUAAUUGUAAAUAUUGUAAUAAGUAAAGUUUAUUUGUUAGUAACCUUACAAAACUGUAAUUCAUUAAUUAUUAUGUUUUCGGAUUAAUCACGUAAUUUUUUUGACGAGAUACUCGACGUGAUACAAGCCGUGCUAUCCGAAAACAUAACAAUUAAUUUAGUAUGUCUCACGAAAGUUAAAAUAAAAACAUGUUUCCAGACAAAGGGUUAGUCGCUGUUUAUUUAAAACUUGUGUUAGUACCUUCACCUAUACUUAAAAAAAGCCU